CGUGGGUGGGAAGGAUCUGGGAUCCCGUGCAGCUGAUGCCUGGCACACGGCUCGCUUGGACCCCGCUGCCACCAACAUGGAUUUCAAUGUGAAGAAGCUGGCCUCGGAUGCAGGGGUUUUCUUCACCAGGGCUGUGCAGUUCACGGAGGAGAAGUUGGGUCAAGCGGAGAAGACAGAGUUGGAUGCCCAUUUUGAAAAUCUCUUAUCCAGAGCUGACAGCACCAAGAAUUGGACCGAGAAGAUCAUGCGUCAGACUGAGGUCCUCCUGCAGCCCAACCCAAGCGCGCGAGUAGAAGAGUUUUUGUAUGAGAAGCUAGAUCGGAAGGUCCCGUCCAGAGUGACCAACGCGGAACUGCUGGGUCAGUACAUGACGGAAGCCGCCAAUGAGUUUGGACCAGGGUCUCCUUAUGGACAAACGCUCAUCAAAGUGGGCGAAACGCAGAAGAAACUUGGAGCUGCGGAACGCGACUUCAUGCACUCUUCCGCAAUCAACUUCCUGACCCCGUUGCGCAAUUUCCUGGAAGGGGAUUGGAGGACUAUUUCCAAGGAAAGGCGAAUCCUGCAGAACCGACGCUUAGACCUGGACGCCUGCAAAGCGCGCCUGAAGAAGGCUAAGGCAGCCGAAGCGAAGGCCACGGCUUUGCCUGAUUUUCAGGAGACCCGACCUCGUAAUUUCGUAUUGUCGGCCAGUGCGUCAGCGCUUUGGAGUGACGAGGUGGACAAGGCCGAACAUGAACUGCGCGUAGCACAAACAGAGUUUGAUCGCCAGGCGGAGGUGACCAGGCUGCUUUUGGAAGGGAUCAGCAGUACCCAUGUGAAUCAUCUCCGCUGCCUGCAUGAGUUUGCCGAGGCCCAGGCCACGUACUACGCUCAGUGUUACCAGUACAUGGUCGACCUGCAGAAACAGCUGGGCAGUUCCAGAAGUGAGGGGUUCCCCGCCACGCUUGUUGUGAAUGCAGAUUCUACCCCUCCGCCUCUCAGUACCUCUCCACCACCCGCUACGCUUCCCGUGCUCCAGGCCGUCAGUCCCAAUCCAGGGGACGGGACGCUGAACGCUAUCGAUGUGAAGCCCCCUUCAAGCGGCACCAGGAAAGCUCGAGUUCUCUACGAUUACGAAGCUGCAGACAGCACCGAGCUGACACUCGCGGCGGACGAGCUAAUCACCGUGUACAGUCUCCCCGGUAUGGAUCCAGACUGGCUGGUGGGUGAGAGGGGAAACAAGAAGGGUAAAGUACCAGUUACUUACCUGGAGCUCCUUAGCUAGACCCGACUCCACCAGGACAGCAAACUUCUCAAACAAGCCAAUGUCUCCGGAGGGCUGAUUGUUUGCUAGAUGCUGCUGCUUCGUUUGGUUUUCUUCCCGUCUUACAGACUGAAGCUGCACACGUCACCCCUUAUUUCUCGCAAGUUGCCCUUUUUUUUUUUAUUGAAUGUCACCCUUACGUUGCAGGAUGGGUCUUUGGCGUUUUUGCCGGCCUCUCCUGCACCUAAGGCGUUGCGUCUCUCCUGUUACGUUUUCAUACCACGUCCCACUCCUGAGAACCCCCGUGUCGCUGUCUUUCCGGUGACCAAAUCUGCUUGCACUAACGUUUAAAACGCAAAGACUUCUAAUAUUUUCUU